GACAGCCUGGUGACUAGGCUUAUAUGCUUAGAUUUCCUGAGUAUUUUGAGUUCCCCUGGUGUAUACAGAAGGGUCAUCGUGGUCUACAUUUCCAUCAGGAAGCAUCAGUCGCCACUGGCAGCAUCAAGGGUGCAGAGAAUCAGAGCUGAUGUUGUUUUCUGAAGGUCUAAUUUCUGAGUUAAUCCAAAAAGACAAAGCCCUGCACUUCCAGAGGCCAGCCAGCAGAACCCUGCUUUUCUGAAGACCCUGAACAGGAGCUGCAGCCCCUCCUGGCCCUGGAGCCGCAACUGGCCCCGUCUCUUGAUUCCGCUUACCUGUCCGGCCCAGGCUGGAGCUACCCGACAGCUGCCAGGGCUGGGUCCUCCAGGCCACCUGCCCAUGAACCAGCCAGGAAAAACAAACAAGUCCAGAUUCUCUUGGCUGUGGCUCCAUGGUUUAUAUGUUUGCAGAAUCAGAAGAGUGAGUGACAAAGGUUACAGGAUCGGUUACCCAAUGGAGAAGCUUAUUACUGAAGACGCUGAUGAAGAACAUUCGAGCAGCGCCCCAUCAAUCUCCUCUGCUGUCAGGAAGGCUGGGGAAGGGGCGGUGGGACCCAGGCCAUCAGGAGCGGGAUGCCACCGAGUUCUCAAAGACCUUGUCCGCCCUGGCCCUUCCUGUCCGGCCUCCAGGGGGCACCAGAUCUCCACCCAGUGCGUGACCAACCCCUCCCCACCAAUCCCUCAGCGAGAUUCUAGCAGAGGGGAGAGAGCCAGGGGCCGUGGGGACCCAGGGGUGAGAAAGGGGCUGGCAGAGAGCAGGGAGUCCACCCAGGGUCAGGUUCAGGCCUGCAUUGAUGUGUGGCCAGGGUGCGACACAGAAUUCUGCAAGAUUCAGAACAUCUCUCAAUCACUACAUUUUCAGAAAAUGGAUGAAAAGCUGAUCAAACAGACGUUUGAUGCCAGGAUGAAGAGAAGCUGGAUCUUGCACCAUCGGGCUGGAGGCAAAGUGCGGGCUGGAGUUCCCCACAGCUGGAGCAGGAGUCCUCUGCAAUCCAUCAAGUCUGAAGCGGGAAAUGCAAGAAGGCUCAUCGGCGCCUCCUCCCACGAGCCCGUCCGGCUGCGGCUGCCGAGAGCCCGGGGUGUGGAGGGGCGGGUUCAGGCCAGGGCAGCGGGACUCUGGGAGCUGGGCUUGCUGGUCCAAGAAACUUGGAGCACAGUCAGGUUUGCAGUUCAGCUCAGAAUCCUGAUUCAGAAACACCACCCCUUCUCCAUGCCUGGGGAGAUAGGUGAACUCCCAAACGGCUCCCGGGGCCAGCCCAGCAAAACCCUAAAUGACAGAAUUGCCCAGAUAGAAGCUGGCUGAUCUGUUAGCGAGACUAACCUCAUACUUGCCCAUGCUCUCUUCUAGUUCACAGGGCACUUUCGUGGCAGGGGAACAUGAACUAUUCUUGCUAAUGAGGCUGGUGGAGCUCACAGGACCUGCACUUGCCAAGGCCCCACAGUUAGGAAACAGCAGAGCUGGGCCUUUAACUCAGAUCCCCUGCCUCCAAGUCCUGGAAUGGUUGUUUCAGAGGCUGAGCCUUCUGAGUGAGAUGAUAAAACUAACAGGAUCAUUAGUUAGUUUUGGCUGCUGAAUCCUCUUUGGGGCACUUUCUCUAGAACAGCCAAAAAGUGGUCCCCAGACUCCACUUGCUUGUAUGUACCUGGUAAGUCAGUGCCAUUCAGUAAAAAGAAAGUCUUUUUUUUUUUCUGCUGAAUUGCAAUAUGU